AUGAGAUUGAAUCUGGUUUCCAUAUUGGCCGUUGCUGGGGUGCUCCCAUUUGUGCACUCGAUAAAAUGUGGCUCUCACGAUAUAUUGAAGAAAUACCAGGUUGACCAGGCUGCUCUGUUCGGGGAAGUGGAGAGGAACACGCCGCCAAGCACCACUAAGGACAAGUGGUGGUUGAGAGUGUGUGAGGAUGGUGACGGUAAAGACGAUGAAAGGUUUAAGGAGUGCGAUAGCCGCGAUGUCUUAUGCGGAGUCACGGAGGUUACUCUGAAAGAUAAAGAUCCGAUCCUCACGCACGUUAUCGACUUCAAGGAUAACUUGGCGUAUAAUGUCAAUGAGGAUGAGGGCAGGUUGCAUCUGGUGUUGGAUGGAGCGAAAUGGGGGGAGUAUGUUGUCGGUGCGACAGUUGAUUUCACUUGCAACAAUAACAUGAAGACAGACGAGGUUGUCUCGAGUUCUUGGAGUGAUGACAAAAUACAGUUGUCACUGAGGGGUCCAUCUGGUUGCUUGAAGAAAAACCAGGAUGCACCACCCAAUAAUGGGGACAACAGCGGUGACGGUAAUGGCGGCAGUAACGAUGAUAAAAGGAAGGAAAAUGCGGGCAGUGGGUGGUCUUGGUUUUCUUGGGUGUUCAUUUACGCCAUCCUGUUCACUUUGAUAUAUUUACUGGUAACAUCGUACAUGAACACAAGAGGAGGGAACAUGGAUGAUUUCAGGGCCGAGUUCACGGAACGCUCUAAACAGUUGGUCGUGGCACUCCCAGAAUUCUGUAAAGAGGUCUUGUCCAAGAUAUUUGGCUCGAGGUCCUCCUCUCAAAGAGUUGGCUACAGCGCUGUAUGA